AUGGUUAGAUUAAGCUCAUCCGCGCUGACGGCAGUGGGAGCUGUUUUGUUCAGCUUCUUGACAACUACGACAGCUGUCUCGACAUCAGUAUCGUCUGGAUUCGCCGCAAACGACGGCAGUGUCUCUUUUGCUCUGAAUAUUCCUCAAGAUGAUGAUAGCAAUGAUUUAUACUUUUCUAUGCAGGGCGAUGCCUCGCAGAGCUGGAUUGCUAUUGGCAUGGGGAACGACAAGAUGGACGAUUCAUUGAUCUGGAUGGUGUACAAAGAUAGCACUGGCAAAAACCUCACUCUCAGCCCUCGAUUAUCAUAUGGCCAUGUCGAGCCUGCAUAUUCGUCGAAUUUAUCGGUCCAAGUCCUCCCAGGCACCGAAAUAACCAGCGAUGGGAAUUAUACCUUGUUCGCAAUGUGUACGAACUGUCGAUCAUGGAAGGGAGGCUCGAUCGAUCCCACCAACAAACAAGCAAACUUCAUAUUUGCAAGUGGUCCUUCGGGAGAUUUAGAUUCGAACAGCAAAUCAGCUGGCAUAAAGCGUCACGCUUCAUAUGGAGUCUUUCAGAUGGAUUUGACUCUGGCCGUUGGAAGUGCAGGUGCUCCAAUUAUUGCUACUGCCGAUACUUCUGGGACAAAACAGGUCAGCGAGAAUACUGAUCAUGACUUCUCUGCGGCUUUGCAUGCUUGCCUUAUGAUCCUAGCUUUCGUGGGACUUAUGCCCCUAGGACUAUUGAUUUUGAGAAUCUUGAAUAGUGUUAAAUGGCACGGCUAUAAUCAAGGUCUUUCUGCUGCUGUUGCCCUCAUUGGAACAGCUGCUGGUAUCUACGCAGGCUCCAUGUACCAGAGAUCAAUGCACUGGAACUCGGCACAUCAGAUCUUCGGCCUAGUUAUCAUUGCUGCAAUGAUCGGGCAAUUCGUCCUUGGAUUCAUGCACCACCGCAUUUACAAGCGAACACAGGCUACAACGAAACUUGCACCCAUCCACGUCUGGCUUGGACGAAUCGUGAUCCCAGCAGGAAUUGCGAACGGUUUUUUGGGCUUCCCAUUGGCAUUGAACUCAAAGUACGAUUGGGCUUUGCUGGUAUUAGUGCUGUUGGUAGUCAUUGUCAUGGGACCAUUCGCUUUCUGGAGAUAUAAGAGAAAUGCGAACAAAGCGGCAACAGCCGCUGCUGUUGGUUAUGAAGGAGGUUACAACGCGCAGCCGUGGACUACUGACUCGAACGCCGCAUCGGAUGUUAACUUGGGCGCCUAUCCGGGUGGAUAUGGACAACAGAAUCAUCCACCGCUCUAUCAAAAUCAAGGAAGAUUCCAACCGACGGCUGGAAGACAAUUCGUUUGA